CCUGCGGGGCGGGCAGCAUGGUUCACUCCAGCAUGGGGGCUCCAGAAAUAAGAAUGUCUAAGCCCCUGGAGGCCGAGAAGCAGGGUCUGGACUCCCCAUCAGAGCACACAGACACUGAAAGAAAUGGACCAGACACUAACCAUCAGAACCCCCAGAAUAAGACCUCCCCGUUCUCUGUGUCCCCGACGGGCCCCAGCACCAAGGUGGGCAUUCUCUCUGGCCUCCACUUAACAUUCUGGGGUCCCGGACCCUGCCUCUCUCCCCCCCAGAUCAAGGCUGAAGACCCCAGUGGUGACUCAGCCCCAGCGGCACCCCCACCCCCGCAGCCGGCUCAGCCGCAUCUGCCCCAGGCCCAACUCAUGUUGACGGGCAGCCAGCUAGCCGGGCUCACGGCGCUGAUGCCAGCUCAGCAGCAACUCCUCCUGCAGCAAGCGCAGGCCCAGCUCCUGGCCGCCGCCGUGCAGCAGUCCAGUGCCGCCGCCGCCGCCGCCGCCGCCGCCUCCUCCACCUCCUCCUCCUCUUCCUCCUCCUCCUCCUCUGCCUCCUCCUCGACCUCGCAGCCCCCGGCCUCCUCCGGGGGAGGCGACCUGCCACCACCACAGCCUGCCAGCCAGCCCCCCGGGACCCCCCAGCUCACCCUAUCCCAACCCAUCCAGCUCACAGCACAGGACAUCCAGCAGCUCCUCCAGCUCCAGCAGCUGGUGCUUGUGCCGGGUCACCACCUCCAGCCACCUGCUCAGUUCCUGCUGCCGCAGGCCCAGCAGAGUCAGCCAGGCCUGCUACCGACGCCAAAUCUAUUCCAGCUACCUCAGCAAACCCAGGGAGCUCUUCUGACCUCCCAGCCCCGGGCAGGGCUGCCCACACAGCCCCCCAAAUGCUUGGAGCCACCAUCCCAUCCCGAGGAGCCUAGUGACCUGGAGGAGCUGGAGCAGUUCGCUCGCACCUUCAAGCAACGCCGCAUCAAGCUGGGCUUCACGCAGGGUGACGUGGGCCUGGCCAUGGGCAAGCUGUACGGCAACGACUUCAGCCAGACGACCAUCUCCCGCUUCGAGGCCCUCAACCUGAGCUUCAAGAACAUGUGCAAACUCAAGCCCCUCCUGGAGAAAUGGCUCAACGACGCAGAGACUAUGUCUGUGGACUCAAGCCUGCCCAGCCCCAACCAGCUGAGCAGCCCCAGCCUGGGUUUCGACGGGCUCCCCGGCCGGAGACGCAAGAAGAGGACCAGCAUCGAGACAAACGUCCGCUUCGCCUUAGAAAAGAGUUUUCUAGCGAACCAGAAGCCUACCUCAGAGGAGAUCCUGCUGAUCGCAGAGCAACUGCACAUGGAGAAGGAAGUGAUCCGCGUCUGGUUCUGCAACCGGCGCCAGAAGGAGAAACGCAUCAACCCCUGCAGCGCGGCCCCCAUGCUGCCCAGCCCGGGCAAGCCGGCCAGCUACAGCCCCCACCUGGUCACACCCCAAGGGGGCGCCGGGACCCUGCCAUUGUCCCAAGCUUCCAGCAGUCUGAGCACAACAGUUACUACCUUAUCCUCAGCUGUGGGGACCCUCCACCCCAGCCGGACAGCUGGAGGGGGUGGGGCCGGGGGCGGGGCCGCGCCCCCCCUCAAUUCCAUCCCCUCUGUCACUCCCCCACCCCCGGCCACCACCAACAGCACAAAUCCCAGCCCUCAAGGCAGCCACUCGGCUAUCGGCUUGUCGGGCCUGAACCCCAGCACGGGAAGCACAAUGGUGGGGUUGAGCUCCGGGCUGAGUCCAGCCCUCAUGAGCAACAACCCUUUGGCCACUAUCCAAGCGCUGGCCUCUGGUGGAACCCUGCCCCUUACCAGCCUUGACAGCAGCGGGAACCUGGUGCUGGGGGCGGCUGGCGCGGCCCCAGGGAGCCCGGGCCUGGUGACCUCGCCGCUCUUCUUGAACCACGCUGGGCUGCCCCUGCUCAGCGCCCCGCCUGGCGUGGGCCUGGUCUCGGCAGCCGCUGCGGCUGUGGCCGCCUCCAUCUCCAGCAAGUCUCCUGGACUCUCCUCGUCCUCGUCCUCCUCCUCCACUUGCAGUGAGGCGGCAGCACAGACCCCUGGAGGCCCAGGGGGGCCCGAGGUAGGGUCCAAGCCCGAGUGAGGGCCCGCCACGCCUCCCCUCCUCCUCCUCUGACCCCUGCCUCUGUCCCCUGCCUGGGAAGAGGGCGAGGAGGACAGUGGUGGGGGCGCAGAGGGUCUGCGGAACAGGAGUAACAAGGGAGGAAAGACCAAAAACAAAAAACAAAAAACAACCAAGCAACCAAAAAGAAAGAAAGAAAGAAAGAAAAGAAACCAACAGAAAAAAGAAAACCAAAAAUAAUCACAAAGAAACCAGCUGCCCCAAAGGAACCAGAGGUGAAAAACAAACAUUAAAAAAAAAAACAAACCAAAAACCCAAAAACAAACAAAAAAAUCCCUCACCAAACCGAACAAACCAAAAACCAGUCUCGAGCCAGACCUCAGUGUGCUCACCCUCACUGCUACGACACCAAAUAAGAACCCCAGCCAGGGGCGGAGAAGCCUCAGCAGGGCGGACCUUCUGCGGGCCCCUGGCUGUGGGGCCCAGCCUCCCCACUGUGCGGGGUGGGGACCAGAGAAGGAAGAUGAGGAUGUGCCAGCCUCCCAGCCCCAGCCCCCAGCCCUGGGCCAGCCAAGACAGGGCACAGCCUGGGGCCGAUGGGGGGGCUCAGAACCGCUCGCCAAAUAUUCUUUUCCAGAAGGUGAAAGAGAAAGGGCCUGAACAACCUUACACCAAAUAUUCAGUAGCUUCAUCCAAAGGAUGUACAGAAUUUUUAGUGUUGUGCUCAACAGAAUGUGUCCUUGUCAUGUAUCCCUGUCUCCCCUGGCCCCCAGCUCUCCCCGCCUGGGCAGGGGGGGAGUCUCACUUUAACCUCCUCCCUCCCCCAGCCAGGGGAGUGUUCAGGAGAAGGCCUGGGAUGACUUUUCACCCCUUGUACCUGCCCCUUUUUCCCUUUGAAGGGUGGGCUAGGCCGUUUUGCCAAGUUCUAGCUCUCACAUGUCCCCCCUCAACCCUGUCACCCUCCUCUGCUCUGGAAUCUCCCCCGAUCCCUAGUCUGAGGGAAGGUGGAAGUUUCAGGCAAGAGGGGAUGAGGUGAGGGCAUUCAAGUUGUCUUUUUUUCCAUCCUCGUCUGUCAGUUUCCCUGAAAAAAAAAAAAAAAUUCAUAUUCCAGU